AUGGGUCCUCAGAUGAAGCUUUUCGCGGGGCCCCUGUCGGCCUGCACCCGACCAACCUGCCUGUCGGGUCCGCUGGCGACCUUUUCUCUGGCGCGGUCCUUCUCGACUACCUCUCCCGCCCUUGACUGGCUCACUCCGAAGUUCGCCGAGAAGUCGAAAUCGCCGAAAGGUCGCCCCCAUGUCGCUACCGGUGGAUCAACUCGCGGAACAACAGUGGUGUGGGGAGACUUUGGCCUCCGAAUGAAGGACCAUGACCGCCGGAUGCCGGCCUCCGCUUUGAAGAUUGCAGAGGAGACCAUCAAGCGACGAUUGCGAGGAAUGAACUACAAGCUUUACAAGCGUGUCAGCGCCAACAUUGGUGUGUACACCAAGGGUAACGAACAGCGUAUGGGUAAGGGUAAGGGUAAAUUCGAUUACUGGACUGUGCGCUUGCCCGUGAGCCGUGUCGUUUUCGAGCUGAAGGGAGAUUUGCACGAGAAGGUCGCUCGUGAGGCAUUCAGAUUGGCUGGUCACAAGCUGCCCGGCCUUUGGGAGUUUGUCCGGAAGGACGACCCGCCGGUCGUUGGAAUCACAAAACUUGGUAAUGGUGUUACUCUCGACUCUCUCAAGCGCGCCCGCCGCAACCCUCCUCUGGGAACCAACGAUCUCCAGAACCCGCCGCAAAGCGCCUCCUCCAGCACCUCUUCCACUCAAUAA